AUGCAGAUCCUCGACCUCAUCGCAUGUAGCACAAUUCACCCUGAAGGUCCAGAACCCAGUUUGGAUCUUAGUCAUCUUAGUGCUGAAGAAAGGGCCCUUAUCCAGAACGUAAUGGAUAAAGCAAAAGACCUAGACCCAACACCAAAACCACCAACUAUGGAUCACAACCAAUUCAGGCUUCCAGGGAACGUUGCUGAACCAAACAGGACUGACACUUACGGUGGUAUGGCUCAACGAGGUUAUAUGGGUCAACAGGAUUUUAGAGAAAGACAACAGAGCUUUAAUUCAGGAAUUAGUAUGAACCAACCACAAGACUCCUUUCAACCGAUCCAAGAAAAUUUCCAAGAUUCAUUCAACCAACAGAUCAACCAGCCAAACAAUAACUUCCAGUAUAAGAAUGAAGAACUACAACAAAACAUAGACACAUUCAGAAGCGUGCAAAAUCAAGGGCAACAGCGUGCGGACAAUUUCCAAAAUAGGCAGGAUAUUGUGUCCAGCCAGCAAAAUUCGCCGAUCAGCACAAGAAAAGACUAUGUUCUUCAAAGGCAAGAAAGUUAUACUACACAGAAAUCGAAUAAUCCAUACUUCCAUAAUUCAGUUUGGGAAAAUGGAGAAAAAGAUGAGAUCUCAUCAGUGGUGAAGAGUCAACAAGAAGAUCGUGAGUAUUCUACUGAUUCUCCCUUGCCUUUAUCUCCAGAGUUAUCCCCAUCCCAUUCCCCUCCCCAAGAAGACAAGGCAUCUCCAUCCAAAGAAGACAUGAAGAUCCACCUCAACGUUGAGAAAUUCUAUGAGCAUACUCCAGGAGAGGUGUAUACCAUACCGGAAGAAGAUGAAUUGUCCAGCCCUCCGAGUGACGGCCAAAGAAAACGUCACGUAGUGGGAGCCCAAGUGAUACAAAAGGAAGAGCAGCUUUACACACCUUCGACAUCGACAUCUCAGUUUAGGAAUAACAACUACUCCACUUCCAGCCAAAGUGUCCCAAAACCCCAAACUCCAAUUAUCGGGUGUGAAAAUGGAAACAGUAGUCCUCUUUCAUCGCAGGAUUCUUUCUAUGGAAAAAAUCCCCUUAGAAAAACUGAUGCUUUAAGUGAAGGUCUAAAACAACUUUCUAGUAUAGAUGCAUCAGAAAAUAGGUAUCAAGCUCAGCAGCAACAACAACAACAACCGCAAUCUCAAUUGCACCACCAGCAACAAGCCCUACCAUCUCAGCAAAAUCCUCAUCAGCAAACUCCAGUGCAUAUCAAUGGACAACCUUUAGCGAUUUUAGAAAGAAAAGAAAAAUUGCAAACAAUACUCGAGGAUCAAUAUAAUUUCCAUGACCAUCAACCUGGAUCACAACAUCAAGUAGCAAAUCAACAGCAGAUGGCUCAAAAGUCGAUUCAACAGCCAGUUCACUCGCAAAAUCAACCACUACAGCCUCAACACGGUUCACCUCUGCAGUCGCAACAUACCGCUCAAUUACAGGGCCAGCACAGUUCACCGCUGCAUUCACCACACACUUCUCUCCAGUCGCAACACACGUCCCUCCAAUCUCAACACCAUGGGCUACAACAACAUCAAAUCACUCAAGGCACACCUCAAAGUCAACUACAGCAACAACAAAUACCGCUUCAAAGUCAGCAACAUCAAAGCUCACACAUGCAACCGUCACAUCAAUCCCAUGUCCAGCAAGUUCAAGGGCUUCAACAACCUUAUCAAAUGCUAGGGAAACAGCAGCAACAGAUUCAACCACAGUCACAUUUUCAACAACAACAAACAUUCCAGCAGCAUCAACAUCACCAACAACAACUACAGCAACACCAACAAUCACAGCAGCAUCAACAACAGCAACAGCAACAGCAGCAUCAACAGCAACAGCUGCAGCAACAACAUUUACAACAACAGCAAUUGCAACAACAGCAGAUGUUGCAACAACAACAACAGCAACAACAACAGCAGCAGCAGCAGCAACAACAACAACAACCAUUGCAACAAUCACAAUUCGGUCUUCAAAUGCAAAAUAAAGUUUUUCCUCCAGGCUCACCACAACAGCAAGUUUACAAAAACGCUAUGAUGCAACAACAAGAUAUGCAAUUCCAGCAAAUGAAAAAGUUGCAACAGCAAAUGCACAGGCAGCAGAUACAUUCCAGAGUUAAAGGGGGUCAACUGAUGCAACACAACAAGCAGCUCGGUGAUAACCAUUAUCAAAACUUUUACAUGCAAGAAGAACCAUGGAGAGGAACAUGCGAUGUUAAUGAGCCUAUGCCUACCCAAGGACCGUACAGUAAAGAAUAUUCCCGGGAACAACAUUUUUUCAAGAGCAAACACAGGUUUCCAAACAUGCAGGUUGAUAUGGAACCUGAAAAACCAGCAACAACACAAAGUAACACACAAUCAAAACCAACAGCAGGUACAAUAAGUGGAAUGUUAGCAGAUUUCAGUCGAGCUCUUGGUUUAAGUAAUACAUCACCAUCUGUACAAUAUCCUGAAGAGAAGGAAGAAGAAAAUUCAUCUUACAAUCAAGAGAUGAGUCAGGCUCAAAGCCCAAAGACACUUUCACAGCAAAAAAUACAAGCACAAAUAAGAGCGAAUGAGCAGUUUAUUCACAGUGGACAGCAAAGUACAAACACCAAUGAACAGCAUUAUAACCAAAUGCAACAAAAUAAAAUGGAUCAAAAACAGCACCAACUUCUACAGCAAGAGAUUCACCAGCACUUUCAAAAAAAUCAAAUGCAACAGGGGCAAAUGAUGGUACAGCAGAUGCAACAAAAACAAGGACUGAUGAAGGAUGAGUACCCACAUUCGCUUGAAGAACAAAAGGCUCUACUUUUACAGCAACAACAACAAGUAUAUCAAAAACUAACAGAACAACACCAACCCAUGUUUGCACAGAACCUUACGCCACAACAGCAGCAAAUGUACCAGCAGCACAUGCAACUGCAGCAUCACGCACAGCACUUAAAAAAAAUCAAACGCUCAUUACCACAUUCAUCAGCAGAUCAACAAAAACAAAUGCAGAUGCAGAAAAAAGAAAGCAAUCUUAAUAUGAUUGGCCAGAGCCAGGCGGUAGGUUCAGGUGUCACUAUCCAACAGAUGAUGGCAGCUCAGUUUUUGAGUCAACCAUCAGUGCCUGUCCAACUAAUUAACAAUCAAAUCGUGCCAAAUAGCUUACUUGGGGUAGUUACUCCACUAGGGACUCCACAAAGUACGCCCGUCGGUACACCAAGGGGUGCAAGGGAUGGAGGUGAUUCUUCAGAUACAAUGAGUGAAACCGAUUCCCAAAAAUCAUUAAGGACUAGAAGAAAACUACCAUCCAUACCAUCCGACCAAGAAGCGAUCUCAUUUCAAAAUACAAAGAAGAGAACAAAAUCAAAGAGUCCACACGACAAAUUUCGAUCAUAUUCUCCUCUCAGGCAAUAUUCGGAUGGUAGCUACAAACUAACUUCAUCAAAUUUAAUGCUGCAAAGGCCUAGUUCAAGUGAAACCAAUCUUAGGAAAAUAUCAGCUUACGGCCCAGAUUCUGUACCUAGACCGGGUUCUGCAUUAGGUUUACUUCAAGGCUCGAGUGUAGUAAGCAGCAGUGGUCUCAGAGUUGAUUACAGUAGGGAUUCUGAAAUUGCCUCUUGCCUUCCCCCUGAUUUGAGGCAUCUUCUAUCAUCAUACAAAAAUCCGGACGUUUCAUACUCAAAGCAGCACCUAUUUCAAUCGUACAAAGACCAUUUAAGCAGUGAUGUCAAGUUAUCCAUGCCUGAGAGGAGAGGAUUAGGAAAUAGACUAUCAAAUGUUGAUUGGGAAACAGACAGAAUAUUGCAACGCAAUAAAGAACUUUUAAGAAAUCCUAAAAACAGGCUUGAUAUUCAAAGAAAAAUGGUCUAUUCUGGAAUUGGGCGAAGCAGGAAAUUAAGAACACAUCGAAGGCAACUUUCUGACCCCAAAUUAAACUUGGAAAUGGGCCCAUUAAAAGAUGGAACAGAUUCGCAAUACAAUCGAUAUUCACAAGGAUAUUAUGAAGUACCUCAUCCUUCGUUACGGCCUCCUUACAAAUCUUUUGAAUAUGAAUCUAUCGAUGAUUCAAAACUGGCAGAAUGGGAUACUUCGCAUCCUUACCUGGCUUCAUAUGCUGUUGCCGGAGGAGCCCUGAGAGAAACGGCCAUCAACAGUGUCCUAGAUAAAGACCACAGUGACCAAAUGAGGUAUGAAAUGCGACGUUACAGUGACAGCUUAGACUUAAGAAGGAGAGAUAUUGGAAAGCACCAUAAGCCACGAUCUUGGCAGCCAUCACCGUAUGGUAGUGAUGAGGAGGAAGAUCAAAUGAGUCGUGAACAGAAAAAAGCAAAAAUUAAAGCAGAAAUUGCCCGAAGAAGGCAGCAAAUUGAAGAAAAUGCCCGUCUGCAUGAAGAACUCCUGAGAUUAGCUCGAUUGAGGGAAAGUGCAGAACUAGGUUAUGCACCCUUGGGAAACGCUCCUCCUAUUACUGGUGAUUAUGCGAUGUCUAGUGUCCUAAAGUCGAUAGACGAUCUUAUCGGAAGGGAAAAUAUCGGCGACUACACGUCGCAUAGAACAGCCGAAGACCGUUCUAUGGAUAGAAUAGCAUCAACGUUCCGUACCGAUGACUAUACAUCUGGUGUCUAUGAAAGGCUUACUGAUUUCUCUCCAAUCACUGAUUACAGUACACCUCAUGCUAUGCCAUUACUUCCAGAUAUGCCUACACGAUCUAGAAAACUCUUGGAAGAUCUAGGAUCAUCACCAAUCACCGAAUCCGUACUUAGUAUGCAACAAAAAAGUAAGUCUUUGCCUCUUUUUAUAUCAAAAUUGAAGCAUUUAAUUUUUUUAUGUUACUAAUAUAUUAUGCAUUAUAGAUUAUAUGAUUUUGAAAUAACUGAAUACUUUUAAG